CAGCAGUGGCAGAGCCAAUGGAGGAGCAGAAGGCCCAGAACCAGAGCCAUAAUCAGGGGAGUGCGGAGCCCACAGCCCCUCCACUUCCUCCCCCUUCACCACCACCACCAGGGCCACCAGAAUACCCGAGACCGAGGCUGAUUUUCCACACCCAGCUGGCUCAUGGGAGUCCCACAGGCCGCAUCCACGGAUUCACCAACGUAAAAGAGCUCUACGCCAAGAUCGCUGAAGUGUUCCACAUCUCCCCCUCAGAGAUUCUUUUCUGCACCCUCAACUCCCAUAAAGUGGACAUGCAGAAACUACUGGGAGGCCAGAUCGGAUUGGAAGACUUCAUCUUCGCUCACGUCAGAGGGGAGACCAAGGAGGUGGAGGUGACAAAGACAGAAGACGCAUUGGGUCUUACUAUCACAGACAACGGAGCUGGAUAUGCAUUCAUCAAGAGGAUAAAGGAAGGCAGCACCAUAGACCAGCUGAAAACAGUCUGUGUUGGAGACCACAUCGAGGCCAUCAAUGACCAGAGCAUUGUAGGCUGUCGACACUACGAGGUGGCUAAGAUGCUAAAAGAGCAACCGAGAGGCAUACCCUUUACUCUCCGCCUGGUGGGGCCCAAGAAGGCCUUUGGUGACGCCGUAGGGGCGGCGGACCGUCGUCGUCGUCGUCCUCGUGGCCUCUCCUGCUCCUUGUGGACGGCUCCCUCCUCGGCGCCCAAGUCGGAGCGUCACUCCUCUCACUCGGCCCAAGUGACCCCCUGGCUCUCGGGCGGCAGCGAGGAGUACCGGGCGGAGGGCAUCACCUGGCAUCACAUCGAGUACAUCGACAACAGCGGCUGCCUCAACCUCAUCAGCAAGAAACCCACAGCGCUGUUCCACCUGCUGGACGAGGAGUGCAAUUUCCCCCAGGCCUCCAAUCAGACCCUGCUCGACAAGUUCAAGCGUCAGCAUGAAGGAAACAGUUACAUCGAGUUCCCCGCUGUCAUGGAGUCGGCCUUCAUCAUCCGACACUACGCCGGGAAGGUCAAGUACGGAGUCAAG